AUGGCAUCUGACAAUAAUUAUGCACAACCUGCAAUUCCUUGCAUUGAUGGUUACUAUGAACAUUGGAGCAUGUUGAUGGAUAAUUUCCUAAGAUCCAAGGAAUAUUGGACUAUCGUGGAAACUGGUGUUGUUGAACCAGCUAGCUCAGCAAGAGUGAAACGACAACAACUCCAAGCUCUUCACAAAGACUUUGAGACUCUUCACAUGAAGGAGGGAGAGUUAAUUUAUGGGUAUUUUGCUAGAACGGUGAUGAUAACAAACAAGAUGCAUAUUCAUGGUGACAACUUGGAAGAUGUUGUGGUUGAAAAGAUUUUGUGGUCGAUGUCUCCCAAAUUUGCAUAUGUGGUCUGGUCAAUUGAAGAAUCAAAGGACAUUGAUGUUUUUUCCAUUGAUGAACUACAAAGUUCUUUGCUUGUUCAUGAGUAUAGAGUGGCUACUCCUUCUACAGAAGAACAAGCUUUGAAGGUGUCAACUCACAUUGAUUCCCCCACAGGGAGAGGGUUAGGCCAAGGUCAUGGAAAAGGCCGAGGACGAGGUAGAGGAAGAGGAAAAGGCACGAAUUUCAGAGGCAGAGGAAGAGGCAGAUGCAGAGACAAGGGAGAAAAGUCUAACUUUGCAGAGAAAGAAGAAGAAAAAACAUUAUUAAUGGCUUACCAUCACCAGGAAGAUGCUCAUUCAAACAAGUGGUAUUUAGAUUCUGAUUGCAGUAAUCAUAUGUGUGGUAACAAAUCCUUAUUUUCUAAUUUAGAUGAGUCAUUUAAAGAUAUUGUCAAGCUAGGGAAUAAUUCAAGAAUGACUGUCAUGGGAAAAGGUACUAUUCGAUUGCAAGUCAAAGAUCAUUUUUUCAAAAUUCCUGGUGUUUUCCAUGUUCCAGAUUUAAAGAGCAAUCUUAUUAGCAUGGGACAGCUGCAAGAAAGAGGUUAUACGAUCAUCAUUCGAAAGGGUUAUUGCUCAAUUUAA